AUGCCGCGACUCGAGACAGCCUCCGGGUGGUCACGAUUCAAAGACGAUGUAGUCACGCUCAUCUCGCCUCGAACUGGGCCGCUAUCCGCGCGCUUCUCGAUCCUGCAACAGCUGCUGCUGCGCUCGGUGCGGAUCUCGCUCGCGCCCUCCUCUUCAUCACAGUCUCUGCUCCCGCUGCGCAUCCGCCCCGCUUUUGUAGUGCUCAACAUCCUCGAUCUCAUCUUCCUUGGCAUCCUCGGCUUCCACCCUCGCGGACAGACGUGGAUCCGGAUCAACGACAAGAUCCUACAUUUCGUAUGCUUCUUCCUCGCCACGGCCAUGUUCUACAUGAUCUGGGACGUCGAUGAGCCGGCCCGGGCGAGUUAUGUGUGGCGCAACGCGUCGCUCAUUCUCACUGCGCUCACAUGCUUUGUCGUGGGCGGCAUUGGAAGCGAGAUCGUCCAGAGCCUGCUGCCGUACAAGGUGUUUCAGUGGGGCGAUAUCGUAGCGAAUCUAUUGGGGAGCUCGUUGGGGCUCUUCUUUUCGUAUCACUUGGAGAAGCGAUAUCGUGCGAGGAGGGAGUUGGAAAGGUUGUAUGCGCCGCUCGAUAUCGAAGACUAUGGCGAUCUGGACGAGGCGGAGGAUGAGGAGCAGGAGCUGCACAGCGUACGGAACGGCGCGCAGGCAGCAGGCGGGCUUCGGUCCAGUCUCAAACAGUCCAAUGGCGAGGGAAGGAGCGCGGGAAAGAAAAAGACCCGCUUCGAUGGCAAUAUCUGGGACGACAGCGUCGAUCUGGAUACGCAUUCCUCGUCGCAGCCGUCUUUGACAAGGCAGUCGCCCGGGGAAGGGUCUUCGUCGGCGAGUGCUGCGUCUGUACGCAAGCAGGACCUAUUCUCUAUCGACGACGAUGACGACUACGACGACGACCAAGAUGCCGCUGCAAACAAAGGGACGGAUGCGUCGGCAGAGGCCAACGUGUGGAAGCAGGCGGAUUCGUGA